UUUGUACAACUAUUUGAAAUUGGAUUUUGUUUUUUAGAAUCAGUUUUCGAUUUAAAAUGCAUGUAAACACACCAAAAAUAUUUCUUAUAUAGAGACAAUUUUUUUUGAAAUUCGUUGGCGUAAAUUUACAUUCCUAUUAUUGGUGAAAGAAAUUAAAAUUACAGUGCAAGCGGAAGCAGCUGAAUAGUUGUUUUCCAGCCCUGGUCAUUUGGCAUUUUGCAAACAUAUGAAAUGGGCGAAAAAAACAAGAACGGACAAAGCCAAAUAUCACGCAAAGAAAUAUAAAUUGAAUAUUAAUAAUUUGUAAACAUGUUGCCAUCGACAGGCUUGUUUAAGGACUUUCUUUGCCCGUACUAUGGCAGCAAAGAAACAUCCGGCGCCGGGGGAGACUCAGCGGUGACCUGUAACCGUCCUUUUUGUCAUUUCAAGCAUGUCCGGACCGAUGUUGAGAGUGUGCCGACGGCAGAACCCGCGUCGGACCUGAAACCAGCUCCUCUGCCAAAAUUAAUGGAACUGCCGCUGCCCGAACUGAAGCUAUUUGCAACGGCAAAGAAAACGAAUCUGGAGUAUCAUCCAGAGAAACCCGGUCUCAAUGCCUCACCAGCCAAAAAAAAACAGGAAGGUAGCGUAGACAACGCCCCCAAAUAUGUGCCCUCACAACCUCAGACGAAUGGUGCCGGUGGCAAUGAGGAGCAACACAAUAUAGAACAAGAAAUAGACGACGAACAAAUUACAAUAGAUAUUGAAAUGCAAAAUGGGGAUCAAGCAGACAUGGAUACCAAAGAGGAGCCCAUGUGUGAGCGGGAGAUGACCAGUGAAAAACAGCCCAGUGAGCAAAAGCGAAAUGAAUCACAUACAGAGGAGAAGAAAGAGGUAAAGGAAACGGCGGAAACCGAAAGAACCCCCACUUCUGGUUCGGCAACAUUGAGUCGCAGUGACAGCAGUCAUAAGCGCGAACAUAAAUCCAGCAGACGCAGCUCUAGCAGUUCCCACAAAGAUAAGAGCAAGGAUAAGGAUAAAGAGAAAGACAACGAUAAGGAGAAACAUCGGCAUAAAUCAAGUUCAAGACAUAGUUCCUCUUCCACCUCACAUAGAAAAUCAACUGAAAAGAGUUCAGGCAGCACCAGUAGCAGCAGCAAGCAUAAGACAAGCUCAUCUUCGUCAACAUCAUCAUCCAAAAGUCAUCAUGUCAGUUCGUCCUCGUCUUCCAGUUCCAAAUCCAAGUCCAAAAGUUCCUCUGCCAAAUCAUCCACAUCAACUAGUGAAAGCACAAAGGCAGUGGAAACCAAAGAGGAAAUCAAGGAAAAGGAUCUGGAAGUCGGGGAUCAGCCGAAUUUUGAUUUUAACUACCAAGCCGACGACACCUCAGAAGCUGAAAUAGCACGCCAAUGCGAGAUGAUUUUUAAUGAACUGGAGAGUCAAUUUGCCCUGAUGCAUAAUUCAGCCGAGAGCAGUGAAUCGACACCUGGAAGCAGUCGCAAGCGAAAAGCACCAACACCCGAUUUGGAUGCCCUAACGGAGGCAGCUACUGCGACUCUUCAGAAACGCCGUGUUGCCCACGAAAAUGCCGACAAAAGCAAAGUGGCACGUGGAUUGCCCGUGUUAGUGCAAAAACCGAAUCACAUUCGGAAUGCUAUGCAAGCAAUUUUUGACAGACGCUCCGAAAUGCGACGACAGGAGAAACUAAGAGCUGACGCUGCCGCCAAUCAACUGCGUGAGGCACAGGAACGAGUACGUGUUGCCCAAGAGGCGUUGGCUAAGGAACAGGACAAGGCAGGACUAACUCCGCUAAUACCGCGCACUGCUCUCACCCCGGGACGUUCAGCUCGCAGCAUAGCCCCAGUUGCCAAUGUUGUGGCCAUUGCGAGGGCUAAAAAGAAAAUCGAAGAGUUGCAGGCUGAAAAAAAGGCAGCAUUUACCUCGGCCAAAUCAUUUAAAGGAGCAACACGUGUCGCCCACAAGCCCACCGCGGCCCUGGACAAAAAUGAACCAUCACAAUCCUCGGCGGAGACGACUGGUCCCGAGAAACCGACAGUGCUGGAACCACAAAGCUCUAAAAUAUCGUACAACAUACGAAUGCAGUAUUAUGAACUGAUGGUAAAACAAUGCACCAUCAUUUAUCCCCAGUUGGUCGACGCCUGGGAAAGAGCUCAGGUGGAGGAGCUGGCUGCGUUUAAGAAAUGUAAUACUGUGGCCAUAUACAAAAAUAGUUGCAUGCUGGCUAUAAACAAGUUGCGUAAAGAAGCCCUCGAGGCUGGCAAUCGACCCAGUGUGGCCAAUAAGACUGUUUCCCAUGAAAUGAUGUUGGGCGGCAAGAGGGCGCUAACAACCUCCUGGAGUGUGGAAAAAAAGGAGAAAUUAAGCUCCAAGGCGGGUGGCAAGCAACCUUUCGACAAUCUAGAAUCUGAUAAGGCCUAUGAAAUGGUCUAUGAUCUACGUCUUACCGAUCAGCAAUUAAUAGACAAUGGCUUUCCGCGACCGGGCUCUAAACCUGGCCUAGCUGUCAUCACCUCCACUCGUCCCAAUCGUCGUCCCAAUGAGACCGAACGUUAUUGUUCUCGUUGUGGGAAAGUCUUCAAUUUGAAUGUGUACGAACGUCAGUGUUCGGACGAAUGUAACUAUCAUCCCAAAAGCACGGGCUAUCGACGUGGUUUCAGUGAUAAUUAUCACCGAUGUUGCCAACAGCCUGCCGGUACACCUGGCUGCUCCUAUGCCAACUAUCAUGUCAGCGACUAUUACGACCCGGAUAAAUUAACGUGCUUUGUGAAAACCAUGAAUCAUCGCCGUCUUGCUGAAUAUGUUCCAAGCAAAAAGGAUAUUUUCGCAUUGGAUUGUGAAAUGUGCUACACAACGCAUGGCAUAGAGCUCACACGUGUCACUGUGGUGGACAUCGAUGGACGCACCGUGUACGAUGCUUUGGUCAAACCGGAUAAUCAGAUCGUGGACUACAAUACUGUCUACUCUGGCAUAACAGAAGCUAUGCUAUCCAAGGAGACACGCACAUUACGCGAUGUCCAGGCCGUUCUCAUGUCCAUGUUCCACUCAAAGACGAUACUGGUGGGUCAUAGUUUGGAGAGCGAUAUGAAGGCAUUAAAGCUCAUACACGAUGUUGUGGUCGAUACAUCAGUUCUAUUUCCCCACAAGAUGGGGCUACCCAAGAAACGUGCCCUUAAAACACUUUGCAUUGAGAAUCUGAAGCGUAUCAUACAGGAAAAUGAAGCUGGUCAUGACAGCGCAGAGGAUGCUGAGGUCUGCAUACAACUCAUUAAAUACUAUCUUAAUAACAAAAUCAGUUGAAAUAAUAAUUGUUCGCUUGAAACAACAUAUCCCCCUUGCCCCUUCUCCCUUAUCACGCACCUCAGAAUAAGCAAUCGAAAAGCUAACGCUUUAACAUGCCUUAUUUUAAAUAUGUAUACAUAAAUAUAUUUAUAAAUAUAUUAAAAAAAUAAGUUCACAAGCCAGAAAA